AUGGCUUCCACACCGGAUCCACGACAAGGCACUUCGGAACUCGAGUCACACGUGGUGGCUGAGACACCACAAACAACAGAAUCGGCUGACCAACGAGAAGCUCGACGGGACAGAGAGAUGACGGCGUUGUGGGAAAUGGUCCAAAGUUUGAACGCUCAUGUCCAAGCUCUGACGCUUACUCGCAGCAACACUCCACCGGGGUUCACGACUCCGACGACCGGGGCUCUUCCUCAAACCCCAGCUGCGGCUUCUGGGAGCGGAGAGCAAAACAUGGCGCCAUUCUCGUCGACGAUUCCAGUUCGCACCACUGUCGGUGGGAGCGGAGGAGGCGAAAUCUUGAGACGCGGACGCUGUGGAGGAGGAGACGGUAGUGGUGGUGGUGCUGCUGCUGUUUCCGUAUCGGAGGUUUGA